ACUUCCGGUUCAACGCUGCGCACGGCCUCUUUUAACCGGCCCGAAUCAACAUGGGACGAGUCAGGACUAAGACCGUCAAGAAGGCCGCCAGGGUCAUCAUCGAGAAGUACUACACCCGUCUGGGCAAUGACUUCCACACCAACAAGAGGUUGUGCGAGGAGAUCGCCAUCAUCCCCAGCAAGCCUCUUCGCAACAAAAUCGCAGGUUACGUGACGCACUUGAUGAAGCGCAUCCAGCGCAGUCCAGUGCGAGGCAUCUCCAUCAAGCUGCAGGAGGAGGAGAGGGAGAGGAGGGACAACUAUGUGCCAGAGAUCUCUGCUCUGGACCAGGAGAUCAUCGAGGUGGACCCAGACACGAAAGACAUGCUCAAGCUGCUUGACUUUGGUAACGUUUCCAAGCUUCAAGUGACUCAGCCCAUUAUUGGCAUGAACUUUAAAACCCCACGAGGAUUGUAGAGCCUUGUUUCUUUUCCGAAUAAAGACAUGUCAUUGAUGAUUGACAAUCA